AUGAUAAGUCGGGAUGUUACGUUUGACGAGUCAUGUCUUUGCGAUUUAGAAUUAGACAUUGUUGAUGAUGUUGAUGCAGCAAACCUGGAUUUUGGCUUUAUAGAGAUUGAAGAUGAUUUUUGGUACACAACAAAUUUCAAGCAAACAGGCCUAGAAGAAGCAAGUGCCCCUGAUGAAAUGAACCAACGUCGAGUCAAACAACAAUGUCGUGUUCAAAAUGUGUCAAGAUCCGGUCAAGAAGUGCAUGAUUCCGAGGAUGAUAAGAUUGAUGUAACCCCUUCGGCUUCAUGGCGUGCAAGUGUGAACACAGUUGAGACUAAUGACUUAUUAGAGCCAACAUUCUAUCAAGAUGCUUUAAAUGGUCCUGAUCGGUUUCAUUGGCGCAAAGCAUAUCACGCGGAACUGAAUAUAAUGCAGCUUCGUCGAGUAUUUCGAGCCUUACCGUCAGGACAACAUGCUAUCGGCACAAAAUGGUAUUCAAGAUCAAGCGUAACGCUGAUGUCUCGGUUAGGAAAUAUAAGGCACGGCUUGUUGCAAAAUGCUUCAGACAAAAACAUGGAAUUGAUUACUUGGAAAAAAAUUUCGCCUGUGGACAAAUGUUUAAACGGAUUUUUUUAUGGAGUAGUGAAGGAAGUUGUUUACUGCGAGGUUCCAGAAGGGGUCGAGCUUGACAGUGAGAAAGUCGACUUUCAGGGACACUCGGAUGCAGACUGGGUAGGCGCCCAUACGGAUCGCAAGUCAAUUUCUGGCUAUGCUUUCGUGUUGAUAGGAGGACCAGUCAAUUGGGGAAGUAAAAAGCAGUCAAGCGUGUCAUUGUCAACUAGCGAAACGGAGAACAUAGCGUUAACGUUGGCGGUUCAAGAAGGCAAGUGGGGAGCAUGA